AUGUUACCAAUGUUGGCUAUCUCUCAUUGGGAAGAAACAUUCGAUGUAUGUCUACAAUACUCAAAUGUAUUAAUCAAUAUUUAUAUUUCCAGUGAAAUUCUUCUUUAUUAUAUUUCAGCACUUAUAUUAAUGAUUAGAUUUGGUUUGCUAGCUAUAUGUAAUACUCAACAGUCUGUCGCUCGUACAGGAAGUCAAUCAACUACUAUACGUGGUCGUCGAACUGAAAAACCAUUAACUCGAACGCAGCUGCUACAAAUGAAUGUUCAUCUUGUAUUUACUGUUCCAUUCGAUGUAGUGUAUAGUAUGACUGCAUUGAAUCUAUCAACAAAAACGUAUAGUGUUAUAGUUGUACGUUAUCUAUUGGCCGUAUGGCAAAAAUGUGAUUAUUUUCUUUAUAUUUUUUCUGGAAGUACUCAUCGCGAAGAACUAACCCGUAUAUUACAAUUAAGUAGACGUUAA